UGACGCAAUGCAGACUGAUUGGCAUUCAGGCCACCGACGUCCUGGAUUAGCCCCGAGUUUCGCCAAUCCAGAGGCAGGGGUGGGACGGUGCAGGCGCAGAGGAUUGGGUUUGGCUGGACUCGAUUUAAAGAGACAGAAGCUGUCGGGGUCCAAGAAGGCAGUCCCCAAGACCCUCCCCCCAAGUCCUUGGGACCACUUAGGUCCCCAAAGCUGGGGAGAUGGUUUGCGGUGGCUUUGCCUGCUCCAAGAAUGCGCUGUGCGCUCUCAACGUGGUCUACAUGCUGGUAGGCUUGUUGCUCAUUGGAGUGGCUGCUUGGGGUAAGGGUCUGGGUCUGGUGUCCAGCAUCCACAUCAUCGGAGGAGUCAUUGCCGUGGGAGUCUUCCUUCUUCUCAUCGCUGUGGCCGGACUGGUGGGUGCUGUCAACCACCACCAAGUACUGCUAUUCUUUUACAUGAUCAUCCUUGGUUUGGUCUUCAUCUUCCAGUUUGGAAUCUCUUGCUCAUGUCUGGCUAUUAACCGAAGCAAACAGACAGAUGUUAUCAAUGCUUCUUGGUGGGUCAUGAGCAACAAGACCCGGGAUGAACUGGAAAGAAGUUUUGAUUGUUGUGGCUUGUUCAACCUUACAACCCUGUAUCAACAGGAUUACGCUUUCUGCACUGCAAUCUGUAAGAGCCGGAGCUCCACGUGCCAGAUGUGUGGAGAAAAGUUUCUUAAGCAUUCAGAUGAAGCCCUGAAAAUACUGGGAGGUGUUGGACUCUUCUUUAGCUUUACAGAGAUUCUUGGUGUUUGGCUAGCAAUGAGAUUUCGGAAUCAGAAGGAUCCUCGAGCUAACCCCAGUGCCUUUCUAUAAGACUCUAGAUCCUUUUGACAUGUCUCCUGCUCUCUAUUCUCCCUAAGCUUUUCUUCCUCCCUUAGGGAAAACCUAGGGUCUGUAGCCCUUUUUGUUUGAGAAAAAGGAAAGAUCCUUUGCCACAUCCCCCAAAGAUGACCGAACAGCCAGGCUGUAAUGCCUUGACAUGUUUAGCGGGAACAAGAUCAUAAAGAAUAAAGAACAACUUCCUCCCUCUCUCCC